AUGGUGUACACGGCGCUAAGCUACACAUGGGGCCCAAACGUGUUCGAUGAGGCAAUCGAGUGCGAAGGUCACGUCAAGAAUAUCACAAAGUCUCUCGCGGUUGCUUUGAGGGCUUUCCGACAAGAGGAUCGCUCGGUUGUGAUGUGGAUAGACCAGAUCUGCAUCAACCAAGGCGACAACGAAGAGAAGGCACAGCAGAUACCCUUGAUGUCGAGGAUCUAUCAGAAUGCUAUGAACACUGUCAUCUGGUUGGGUGAAUCAACUUCGAAUUCUGCUUCCGCCAUAAAGCUGCUGGAAGACGUUAGGUUGCUGUUGCAGUUUACGGAAAAGACUAUCGGUCCGGAUGACUUCGAGGGGCUCAAUCUACCCUCAAAAGAUUCGGAGGUGUGGGAAGCGCUGUGGGACUUUCUCUCGCGCCCAUGGUUCACGCGACUGUGGAUCAUUCAAGAAGUCAUCCUCUCCUUUGACUCUUGGAUCGUGUGCGGCAACCAUAUGACUACGUGGGACGUCUUGUCAUUGGCCUGUCUUCAUCUCUGGACCUGUGGCAUCUCGAGAUGGCUAGGGGAGAAGUUCAAUUCUGGAAGCCGCAAACUUGACUUUCAGAGGGAUCUCUGCGAGUCUGUACAGCACCUCAGCAGCAUGAAGUCAAGCUACGACAGUACGGCAAUGUCGCUGUUCGACCUGCUGAUAGAGUCUAGGGAAGCCAAGUGCUACGACAAUCGGGACAAGGUCUAUGGUCUGCUUGGUGUCUGUCGAGAUCAAGAUAGGUCUGCGAUUAAGCCAAGCUACGCAGACGACUUUCCCGUAACUCACCUCUAUCGCGACAUAACGACACGUCACCUGGAUGACAACAAAGGCAGCUUGAGACUUGGCGUGGUCCUCACCUGCGUAGACCAUGAGUCUCCCGACCUGCCAUCGUGGGUACCAGACUGGAGAAAUCCCCGUCGAACACACUCAUUGGGACACUCUACUACCACAACAACCCCGUACAUGGCAUGCGGCCAUCUUACGAUCGAAAUUGGUAGAGUUCAUCCACCUUUGGAACGCAAAAAUGAGGACGAGCUGCGACUGCAUGGUGUUUCGGUUGACGCCAUUGCAAAAGUUAGUACCGUAUUUACGAAUCCAGAGCUGAGUCUCGAAGAUCCAACCACUGCCAACGGAGACUUGAAAGACAUGCGCUCCUUUGUCGCUGAGUUACAGGAGUAUCCAGGUCAUGAAACCGUAUUUUCUGCCUUCUGGCAGACACUGGUGGCAGGAAAAGACGCCACCGAGAUGGCCAAGGCGCCGGCGGCCUAUGAAGAGAUUAUCUCUCUUCUUCUCGACGCAUCCACGGAGCUAUUCCCGUCGCUCCCGGGACAAACGUACUCUGCACGACAGAGACGGCCGGUAGGCAAGGGGAAGUUAGAGCUAGCAAAUCUCAAGACACGCACAGCAGGAAAAGCGUUCCAAGAUGUAAGGACCUCAAUGGUGCAUGCUAUGCGGAAUCGCAGGCUGUGCUUCACUGCUAAGGGGUACUUGGGGCUGGUGCCGGAGACAUGUAAAGUGGGGGACGAGGUUCACAUUUUGGACGGGUGCCAUAUCCCGUACCUGUUGAGGAAGGUUGAUCACAGGAGUCAUCGGCUAGUUGGAGAGUGCUAUGUGCAUGGUAUCAUGAGAGGAGAGGCUGUCCGCGAUGAUCAGAGCAUGGAUGAGAUAAUUUUGAUGUGA